AGUUGAUUGCUGUGAAUAAAAAUCUUAUAGCCUUAAGCUUUUCUACAAAAAUGCAUUUAUAUCAAUUUCAGUAUUCAGAGGUUGUGUUUUUCAUUCAAAAUAUUAAACUUCCUAAUAUGCUGAUUGAAGUGAAACGGACAUUUCCCUCCUCAUCUAGAUCUGUCCGAUCUGGCAGCGCAUUCCAAAACCCAAACAAAUGUUGACAAUCAAUAUCAUUUUUUUUGCAUAUCAAUUUGUAAGUGCAAACCAAGGGUAUCAUUUUUCCAAUUUGUUGACGUUUAAUUGAACUGUCUAAGUUCUUAUCUGUUCUUUAGCAAGCUUCAGCCAUGAUUCGCCGUCCACCGACACGCAUAGAGCUACGCUUGGAGGAUCUGCAAGAGUACGAGAACAUGAAGCGUGAGAUGGGGACUGCCCGGAAUGCGGCUGCUGGCGGCCACACUGCUGAUGCUAUGCAGGAGACACCUGUUGCGAAGAGCAAACAGCAGCUGGCAGAGGAGAGGCUUGGACUGGUCGUGCCGAAAGGAGCUGCCAAGUAGUUUGAUGUGAAGAAGUUGAUCGCUGCCAGUGUCAUUUGGUCGCCGCCAUGGGCUCGUCGCUGGCCUACGAGGUCCUGGCCUACCUGCACGGAUGGUACACGGCCGCGUACGUGUGCCUGACUCUGCUGCUGCUGCUGUGGAAGCGCUCGGUGCUGCCCUACCCGCCGGUGAACCUGGUCUCGGAGCUGGCGCUGCUGCUGCUGCUGGCCGCCGCCGAGGCCGCCCGGCUGCUCCUCUCCCGCCGCGGCAACCUGACGCUGCGCGUGCUGCCGCUGCUGGUGGGCGCGCUGCUGGCGGCACCCAGCGCGCUGGCCGUCUGCUACUUCCUGCUGUGGCAGACGUACGUGCUGCGGCUGGAGCUGGUGCUGUGCGCCACCCAGCUGGUGUUUAUCGGGCUGGAGACACUGCUGGCGGCGGGAUGUAUGGUGGCCUUCUCACGGGAAUAGUGAACGGGGUCACCACACCGCAGCGGGCCGGGACGGGACGGACGAGUGGACCGACAGUGUGUGUGGUGUGGUGUCAGUGAUGGCUACCUGAGGUAGUAGAGAAAGACUCAUGUGGCUCGAGAGUGGAGAAGAGCGAUGAACGAAGCGGUCAUCAGCCAUGACUGUUAGUGCUUGCAAUCAAUUCGAUUGUGGCCUGGUGGGAUCCAAGCCUCGUGUGUGGCCAUUGGAUAGCCUACACAGGACCUCAAUCCGAAUCGACUGGCUACAGCAGCACUCUGAUCUGAUUCCCCUUGGACUGACACCAGUGAUAUUUGGUUUUGCCGUGAAGAUUCAGAGGUGUGCGCGAAUGGUGUGCGUACGCACCUGGUAUCUGGACCGUCUAGUGAAUGUCCUGUGCUUCGAUACCGUCCCAUUGGUUGAGUGAAAUGCGUCAACUUUGUACGUUUCGUAAACUAGUCGUCAUGCACAAUGCACAUUGUAAAUUUCACACGAAACCUUGCAUAAAUUCAAUUUGGUA